AUGCCGAGCCCUCGGAUGAGGCCACCUCACGGUGGUCAACCGCAACCUGUUCCCCACGCUCAACCGGGCACACCCGUGCCCGUACCACAAUGGGGUUACUACUACUACCCCGGGAUGCCGAUGGACCCGAAUUACAACCCGUACCCGCCGCCGCAGCGGAUGCCGCAACACAUGCCGCAACCACAUCCACCGCAGGGACCACCGGGGGCUCCUAUACCUGGUCUACCGAUGUCGCCGAGGGGACAACAGCCGCCACUCCACGCGCCAGGCACUCCGACGCUGACACCCGCUCUGCCCCCGAACGCCCACCCUCCUCAUUCUACCCCCUCUCCGCACACACACACUGCUAGUCUCAGCAUGGUCAAAUCCGAGUCCGGGCAGGAGGUCGACCUCGAGCCUUUCAAGAGGCAAGCACCGGGCCCCAUCUUGUCGCCCAUUGUCACAAGUUCGCCUGCGCGGAGGCCCUUCCAGAUCCGGAUGGAGACUGAGGAGGCGAAGCAGAAGCAGCUAGCUGAGGAGGCAGCGGAGAAGGAGAAGAAGCAGGCUGAGGUGAGGGCUAAGCAGGAGGCCGAGGAGAAGGCGAAGAGCAAGGCUGAGGAGAAGGCUAAGCGUGAGGAGCGAGUACGGAGAGAAGAGGAGGAGAAGGAACAAAGACGGGAGGAGGAGAAGGAGCGAUUACGCGAGGAGCAAGAGUGGGAACGCAAGUGCAAGGAGGAGGAGGCUGUGCGGUUACGCAAAGAGGCCGAGGAGAAGGCGAAGAGGGAGGAGGAGGAGCGUGCAGCCUGCGAAGCCGAGGAGACGGCCAAGGCCAAAUCCGAGGCUGAGGCUGAGGCUGCUGUGGCCGCGGCUGCUGCAGAGGCGACGAAGACUGGCCUGCAGAGGGAGGAAGCGAAGGACCAAGUCUCCGACAAAGUGCCGCUUCGCAUCGACACCACACUCACAUCCUCGGACGGCAAGCGUCGCCCUGGUCGGCUCGACCUGUCGGGCGCCAAGGACCAGGGCAUCCCCGCCGCUUUGCCCUCUGCUUUGACCACUGCGCUCAUCAUCGAAGACAUAGGGAGCAUUCAAUACCCCGAGGGCGUCAAGAGCCCGAAGCCUGAGCUCAACAUCAACGCGAAGCAGAGCAAGUUCCGGUACAAUCGCAAUUUCUUGCUGCAGUGCAUGGCUGUCUGCAAGGGAAAGCCUGACUCUCUCCCUCCUCUUGACGCAAUCGGCCCCGAGCCCAUUGACCAGAGGUUCGCUCUGAUCCCCGGUGGCUCGCACGACCGUCGCUCCUCUUCUACCGCGAUGCCCCCACCCUCCCGACAAGCUUCCGUCGGACUCGGUAUAUCUGGGUUCAACAAGCCCUCCGUCAACCCCUUCACCAUGGGCCAAUUCUCUACGCCUACGCAGAAGCUGUCAAGCGAAGAGCGCUUCGCUGCGUCCAAUCGCUCAACGUCCAUGUCGGGCACUCAGGCCGGAAUGCCUUUCGGACGUCCCCCUCCGAUGGUUCGCUCGUCGAGUCAGGGCGGUCCCGGACACUCGAGCAGCGGUCGUACCCGGAGUCAACUCGGCGGCAAGCGUGACAAGGAGCGGAACGACGACCAGCAGUUUCUCCAGAACGUCCUGACCAAGUGGUAUAGCAAGCACGAUGUGGAGGAAUUCGACCGAAGCUCGCAGAUUCAGGAACAGGCAGAGGAAUCUCAAGAAUUUGUCUUUGCAGACGACGAGCACGCUGAAGAUACUCUCACUUACUCAACCUCUUCCCCUCUCUCCAUCGUUCACGGCUGUAUCAUGGCCCCUCUUCGGAUGUCGCAUAAAGAAGCAAGCGAACGAAUCGAAAAAGCCGCAGCUACGCUCUCUGGUCUCCACGACGUCGGCGCGGCCCUAGACGUAUUUCACGAACUUUCACCACGCUACCAUAGUCGACUCGUGGAUCGGCUAGUGUCUAGCGCCAUGGAGUCCGACACAUUCUUGCUUUCUCAGGUCAUGGCGUAUUUCUUCCGCUAUGCUGCACAGGGUCGAAUAUGCUCCGCCCAGGCGCUCAAAGACGGAGUUUCUUUGACAGCUUCAAACCUAUUGGACAUCGCUGUGGACGUGCCGGACGCGCUGUCACGAUAUGCUAUCAUGAUCAAGGCCGCAGGACUUCACGAGGCGAGCAACUGGCGUAUGUCCAUCCUUGAGAAAGUGGGUAGCCGUGGCCCCGAACUGGCAUCGCUGCUGGACGCUUGA